AUGGCGCCCAAAGGGGUCCUCCCAGACACGGAGGCGCCACUAGGGGCCAUCACAGAAACGGCAGUGCAACUACAGGGCCCCCCCCCAAAGGCGGGGGCGCCUCCAGAGGCCAUCCCAGGGGCAGCGGCACCUCCAGGGGCUUUUCCAGGGGUGGUGGCGCCUCAGGGACCCUCUCGCGGUGCGGAGGCGCCCCAGGGACCCGCCCAGGGUGGUGAUACCCCCAGAAGCCGUGCCAGCAGAGAUGACACCCCCAGGGGCCCUCACAAGGACGGUGGUGCCCCCAAGGACCCUCCCAAGUGCGGCAGCACCCCCAGGGACCAUUCCAGAGGCGGUGGCGCCCCCAUGGGCUCUCUCACGGGCUAUGGCUCCAAUAGGGACCCUCCCAGGGGAGGUGGCACUCACCCUGUGGGCCCUGCUAGCAGCGAUGGCGACCCUAUGGGCCCUCAAAAGGGCGGCGGCGCCCCUGAGGGCCCUCCCCGAGUUCCAACUAGUGCUAAAACAACUGCCGCCAGAGGACUUUCCAGGACCUCUAACGUCCCCAAGCACCUUCUCAAGAGCGGGGGCGCUUCAAGGGGCCCUCCCAGGAGUUGUGGAUCCCCCAGGGGCCCUUCAAAAGCUUUGGCGCCCCCAGGGGUCCUCCCAGAUGAGGAGGUGCCCUUACAGGCACUCACAUGGGCGUAG